CACACACGUAGACACGCGCACAUUGCGCACACACCCGCAUGCGCGUUCUAGGCGAAAGGGAAUCCUCGAGCGAGUUCAGAGUCCCCGGUCCCGCUGGCUGCUUGUCUGUCAGUCACACAGUCUCGCUCCCGGCUCGGAGAAAGGAAAGGAGUCACGGUCGUCACCGGAGCUUCACACAACAACAGCCGCGAUGGCAGCGGAACUUUUUGACAAACAGAAGACCAUCGAUCUCAGGAAGAAACACAUCGGGCCGUCCUGUAAGGUGUUUUUCAGUCAUGAUCCAAUCAAAAUCGUGCGCGCGCGGGGUCAGUACAUGUAUAACGAGAAGGACGAGAAAUACCUGGACUGCAUCAACAAUGUGGCGCACGUCGGCCACAGUCAUCCUGCAGUAGUGCGUGCGGGGACCAAGCAGAUGGAGCUUCUGAACACCAACUCGCGCUUCCUGCACGACAACCUGGUCCAAUACGCAGAGAGGCUAACGGCCACGCUACCAGACAAGCUCUCCGUAUGCUACUUCGUCAACUCAGGGUCCGAGGCCAAUGACCUUGCCCUCCGUCUGGCCUGGCAGUACACCGGACACAAGGACGUCAUCACUCUGGACAAUGCGUACCACGGUCACGUGGCGUCCCUCAUCGAAAUCAGCCCCUAUAAGUUCCACCAGAUUCCUGACAGAGAGCAGAACCCGCACGUGCACGUGGCCUUGAGUCCUGAUGUGUAUCGGGGGAAGUAUAGGGAAGACCACCCUGACCCAGCCACCGCCUACGCAGACAACGUCAAAGACAUCAUCGACAAAGUCCACGGCAAGGGACACAAGGUGGCAGCCUUCAUCGCUGAGUCUUUGCAGAGCUGCGGAGGUCAAGUUAUCCCACCCAAAGGAUACUUCCAGAAGGUCGCAGAGCAUGUGCGUGCAGCAGGUGGUGUGUUCAUUGCUGAUGAGGUGCAGGUGGGUUUCGGGCGUGUGGGUACCCACUUCUGGGCGUUCCAGCUGCAGGGAGAUGACUUCGUGCCCGACAUCGUGACCAUGGGCAAACCCAUCGGCAACGGGCACCCCAUGUCAUGUGUCGUGACGACUAGGGAGAUGGCAGAGGGCUUCACCACGUCCGGCAUGGAGUACUUUAACACGUUCGGGGGUAACCCGGUGUCGUGUGCCAUCGGGAUGGCGGUUCUGGACGUGAUCGAGCAGGAGAAUCUCCAAGGCAACGCUCUGGAGGUGGGAGCAUACCUCACCCAGCUGCUGGAGGAACAGAAGCACAAACACCCACUAGUCGGAGACAUCAGGGGUCGUGGACUGUUUGUGGGCGUGGAGCUGGUCAAAGACAGAGUCAAGCGCACACCAGCCACCGCCGAAGCUCAGGACGUCAUAUACAGGUUGAAGGAGGAGAGGAUCCUGUUGAGUGCGGAUGGUCCUCAUCGUAACGUGCUGAAGUACAAGCCCCCCAUGUGCUUCUCCAAGGAGGACGCAGAGCACUCCGUACAGAAGAUCGAUCAGAUACUCACAGAUAUUGAGACCGCAUUGGGCAUGUCGCUACCCACAGCAGCCAAGGCUGAGAACGGCAGUGGCAAGAGGAAAACGUCGGCCGAGGAGAAUGGGCACGUGGUGUACGCCAAUGGCAAAGGAGCGCACAGCCAGGCAGGCAAGGGCACCAAGAGGAUGCGGACAUGAGGAGGAGAAGAGGACGACACACACACACAUACACACACACACACACAGAGUCAGGGACACACAUACGCACACACUCACACCUAUGCAUAUACACAAACACACUCAUGGUCAUAGACACACAUAUACCAAACAGACAUACGUAGAUACACAUGUGCGCACAAACACACAAACACAAUCAUAGACACAUAUACUAUACAUGGCAGGGGUCUAUUUCCCAAAACUUCUGUUUCACACUAAGUGUCUUGGUUGUUUGCAGAUGGCAGGUUUGGUUGUAUGAAGAUUCUCAUUCUGGCCUAAUUAGCUGAAUCCGUUAAACGCCUCGUCUGGUGAUACAUCGUGGAAUCCGGUGGUACUUGAGGACUGUUGUAUGUAACUUCUUCACGUUUUGAUGCUUGAAUCAACUGACGUAACAGCUCAGUUCUUUCUGUCUUUUCUUUUUUGCAAUACAGUUGUCCAUGAACAGCCAAAACCAUCUACGUUAGCUGCUAACUAGCAAGUGGUGUUGGUAAACCCAGCCCUGUCAAGUUUAACUUGCUGAUCCAGGAAGAGGGAGAGAGAGGGAGUGUGAUGCCGAGAAAUAAUUAUGUUGCACAAUGAAUGAUUUCAGGGGAAACGCACACACACGCAUGCACUCAUGCACAUGUGCGCGCGCGCACACACACACACACACACACACACACACACACACACACACACACACACACACACACACACACACACACACACACACACACACACACACACACACAGGUUCUAAUAGCUGUAAUAAAUACCUUUACAGCAUAAUGUGCAUGCCAACAGGUGUGGCGUAGACAAGACAAGACCGUGUGUGUGUGUUUAUGACAUAAUGGACAUCAUUAUAAUUUAAACCGAUUUUUACUAUAUGUGUUAACAGCAUUGCUAUUCAUGUCCAUGUUUUAAUGGAGACAAGAGGUGCUUCGAUUGUGAAUUUAUAUACGUACAAUGAUACAAAUUUGUAUUUAAAAUUCUACACUAUGCUGAAAUUCUAUUUUAAAUUCUCUUUCAUUAUUAGUUCAAAGCUUUUAUUGCCUUUAAUGUUUUCUUUCUCAUUUUUGAGUUUGCUUUUUUUCCCUUUGACUAGCCUGUGUGUGUGUUUGUGUGUGUGUGUGUGUGUGUGUGUGUGUGUGUGUGAGAGUGAG